UUUUCAUUUCGUCACACAUUUCCCAUUUUUCUCUCCCAACAUAAGGAAACUUGGCUCACGAUAAGGCCUCCGAUAUGCCUGCAGAGCACCAGAACUUCCCCUCGGUGGCGCAUUGUUGCGACACCGGCCGCGAGGCACACGCCGCCGCCGCCGACCUCGACGGCACGCUCCUCGUCUCCCGAAGCUCCUUCCCUUACUUCUUCCUCCUCGCCGUCGAGGCCGGCGGCUUCCUCCGCGGCGCCGCCUUGCUCCUCCUCUCCCCGGCCAUCCUCCUCGUCUACAAGCUCUUCUCCGAGGCCGCCGGCAUCAAGAUGCUCAUCUACGUGGCGGUGGCCGGCGUCCGCGCGCGCGACGUGGAGCUGGCGGCGCGCGCGGUGCUGCCGCGGUUCUACGCCGCGGACGUGCGCAGGGACAGCUGGCGCGCGUUCCGAGCCUGCGGGCGAAGGCGGGUGGUGGUGACGGCGAACCCGCGGGUGAUGGUGGAGGAGUUCGCCCGGGAGUGCUUGGGGGCGGACAAGGUCCUGGGGACGGAGCUGGAGGUGGACGAGAGGACGGGGCGGGCCACGGGGAGGGUGACCGCCGACGGCGUCAUGGUGGGGCGCCGGAAGAGGGAAGCUGUGGAGAGGGAGUUCAAGGCGGAGCCUCUGCCGGAGUUGGGGCUCGGAGACCGGGAAUCCGACCACGACUUCAUGGAUCUCUGCAAGGAAGCGUACAUGGUUCCUUACGAUCGUAAGGCGGCUCGCGUGCCAGCGGCGGAGCUCGAUUCGCCGAUCAUCUUCCACGACGGCCGGCUGGUUCAGCGGCCGGAUCCCUUCGUCGCCCUCCUCACCCUCCUAUGGCUCCCGUUCGGCUUCGCUCUCGCCCUUCUCCGCGUCUUCCUCAACCUCCCUGUCCCCGCCCCCUUCGUCCGCCACACUUACCGCCUCACCGGCAUCCGCCUUUCCAUCCGCGGCUCCCCACCUCCGGGGCGCACCCCUGGGCACCUCUUCGUCUGUAACCACCGCACCGCGCUGGACCCCAUCAUCAUCAGCAUCGCGCUGGGCCGCCCGGUGGCGUGCGUCACCUACAGCGUGAGCCCUGUCUCUGUUUCCUUGUCCCCGAUCCGCGCCGUCGCCCUCUCACGUGAUCGCGCCGCCGACGCCGCCCGCAUCGCGGCGCUGCUGGAGGAGGGUGACGUGGUGGUGUGUCCGGAGGGGACGACGUGCCGGGAGCCGGCAUUACUGAGAUUCAGCAAGCUGUUCGCGGAGCUGACUGACCGAAUCGUGCCGGUGGCGGUGGAGGCGAGGCAGGGGGUGUUCUACGCGAGCACCGUGCGUGGGUGGAAGUGCAUGGACCCAUUCUUCUUUUUCAUGAACCCGCGGCCGGCGUACGAGGUCACGUUCCUGCCGCCGCUGCGGGCGGAGGAGACGUGCGGCAGCGGGAGGCGGACCCCGGAGGAGGUGGCGAACUACGUGCAGGCAGCCAUCGCCGGGACACUCGGGUUCACAUGCACUGGGCUCACCAGGAAAGACAAGUACAUGAGGCUCGGCGGCAACGACGGCAAGCUUCGGCCGGAGCCUGAGAAGAAGGUGGAAUGAUCGACGCCAAGUGCUUGUCGUCUGGUCAUGAGUUCAAAUUUCGAAAAUAAGCUCAAACUGCUUAAAAUAGAUCCACCCUUUUAUAUACAUAUUCUGAUUUCUUUUAUGAAUAACUAUUUAAUUAUAUUUUAAGUAUGAUUGUUUUGAUA